AGAACUCAGCAUCGGGACAAGAGGACAGAUACCCACACAUAUACAGCACUCUUGGACAUCUUGCACGUUUGUCAUCUUUAUACACCAAACAAGCCCUACAUCUUCACACACACCUUACAAACCCUCAUCUUUAAGGCAUCCUUACACAUCUUUCAAGCCCCUCAUUUUUAAGGUACCCUUUCAGAAGUUAUAAGCCUCUCAAUUUAAGGUACCCUUACACACUUGCAAGUCUCUCAUCCUUAAAGCACAUAUAUCUAAAGCACUUUGGGAUACCUUAAACACGUCUUAGCCUCAAAAUAUCUUUACAGCUCUUAUAAGCAACCCCACUUAAUGCACGCUUUCUUUCUACCAUUCUUUAGGGUACUCAACUUCCAAGACCCUCAUUUUUAAAAGCACCUUUCCGUAUCACAUAAGACCCACAUCAUUAAAGAGCCCUCACAAACCUUGCAGAGCUUCCCCUUCAUUAAACCACCUAAACACACCUUGUAAGUCCACUACUUUAAGGGAAUUCUACAGACUGUGCAGAGACAAUUACCAUGGAAGCCAUUAAGAAGAAAAUGCAGAUGUUAAAGUUGGACAAGGAGAAUGCUAUGGACCGGGCUGAGCAAGCUGAGGCAGAGAAGAAACAGGUGGAAGAGAAGAGCAAGCAGCUGGAAGAUGACCUAGUCUCCAUGCAGAAGAAGCUGAAGGGGACAGAAGAUGAACUGGAUAAAUACUCAGAAGCCUUGAAGGACGCCCAAGAGAAGCUGGAGGUUGCUGAGAAGAAAGCAGCCGAUGCCGAAGCUGAAGUGGCCUCUCUGAACCGCAGAAUUCAGCUUGUAGAGGAAGAGCUAGAUCGCGCACAGGAACGCCUUUCCACUGCCUUGCAGAAACUGGAGGAAGCAGAGAAGUCAGCAGAUGAGAGUGAACGAGGAAUGAAGGUAAUAGAGAACAGAGCCCUAAAGGAUGAGGAGAAGAUGGAACUACAGGAAAUCCAACUGAAAGAAGCCAAACACAUAGCUGAGGAGGCGGACAGGAAAUACGAAGAGGUGGCCCGGAAACUGGUUAUUAUUGAAGGAGACCUGGAGCGUACAGAGGAGAGAGCAGAGUUGGCCGAAUCCAAAUGUGCUGAGUUGGAGGAGGAGCUGAAAAAUGUCACAAACAACCUGAAAUCUCUUGAAGCCCAGGCGGAGAAGUACUCUCAAAAAGAAGAUAAAUAUGAAGAGGAGAUCAAGAUCCUGACAGACAAACUAAAAGAGGCUGAGACUAGGGCAGAGUUUGCCGAACGGUCAGUGGCCAAACUGGAAAAGACCAUAGAUGAUUUGGAAGAGCGGCUCUACUGCCAAAUGGAGAAAAACCGGCUUCUUUCUUGCGAGUUGAAGGUCACCCUUCAUGACCUCUGCGAUUGAGGUCCUGCUGUAUUUUAACAUGUUGGGGCUCCCUUUACACCUACCGCAGUCUAGCUGGCAAACUAACCGUUCCUGCAGACAUGGGGCUUCCAUUAGUCAUGCUACUCAUCAUCCUAUUACCUAUGCCCUGGGGGUUUCAAAUGUACAUGCAUGUUUGAACUCCGUUCCUGUUACUCAAAAGCUAAGCUUUCUCUUUCCUUUUUUGCGACAACAAUCAAAUUAAAUUUUUUAUUUAUAACGAUCCCCUGCUUCCAGGAGGCAUGCUCUGAAUGGCUUAAUCAUCCCCCCAAAAAAUACAUCCUGCUUAAAAUUUCAGGCAGCUAGUGACUUGUGAACAGGUUUUAAAGUAGUGGAUUAAAAAAUAAAGCAAACGUAUUGAUAGACUUUUUAUUGUGGAAAUCUUAAAUCUGCUGUUAAUGACUUGCAACAGAAUUGAUGGUUAUUCGAGGAACAGUGGUAGCCAGACUUUUAUUAAGUAAUGGUCACCCAUGUCUUGUGCCAUCGUGAUUUUUGAAGAGUAUUUGAAUCAGUCAUCAAUUCUGAGAACAGAAGUUGAAAAAUCCAGCAAGUAUUAAAGGCUUUAACCGAAGUUUAGAUGAUUGUUAAUUUCAAACCAGGAUAUUUAGCAUAUGGGCAUACAUUGCUCAAAGUUUUUCUGCACUUUAAUGACUUGACAUCUUAAAAGACUAAUGUCCUGUUUUAACUCCUUAUCCUCCUAGGAAACCUAUUUUAUUGGUUAAAUUGAAUAGCAAUUUGAAUUAAUUUAGUGAUUUUUCUACUGUAAGUCUGAACAUUUUUAUUCUUCCAUCACAGUGGUGCUAAAGCAGCAGGUAAUAGCGACUCUUGCUCCCUUACAUGUGCAAUGGGUGCAUUACUGUUCACAUGUCACUGCAGCUUCUGAGUACUGUGUGAAUUGCUCGCUCAAACCAUAUUCUAUGUGUCAAUGUGUAGGUCAAGCAAGAUUUUCUGUACCAAUUAAUGAAUUCAUCUGCUUUACCUCAUAGGCAAGUGAGUUUUGGUGUCUUGGAUCAGGUGAUAUGUAUAAGCAGUUGUUUGACGUUGCAGCUGGAUUCAUGCUAAUAAACUGAAAGUAUAUUGUUUGGCAAUUUAUAAGUUUCCUUCCACUGUGCAUGGAGUUUGAAUCCCACCUCACUCCACCAAGCAUUUAGCCCUAUCACAUCACCCCAUAGCAUGCUCACUUUAAUGUGUUGAAUGCUAUUACCCACAAUAAGGCAACUCUUUACCUCAUGUAUAGCUUGUUGUGGUCUAAUGCCAGGGAAGUGCUGUGUUUCUGUCGUGGGGGGGAGGGGGGGAGGGGGAAAUAGUCCCUGUCCGUUUUAUGGCUCAGUCUAUAAACCCCGCAUGUCUGAAAAUGCAGGAUAUCUCUAGAUGAUAUGACUGUUUGGUUUCAGUUAACAACCUAAUAAAACUCCUUGUGGAAACUUUGAA